GUCGAAUUAAAACCCACCCUGUUGACGUCUCUCAGAUUUUUAGGGGCACUAUCUCAACAGCGGAGACGCAGCUAAGACGGUCGCGGAGCUUCGGGUGAGUCAACCAGCAGCCAGAAUCCGGCCAUCACUCCGUCCGGCAUUGAAAAUGCAUCAUGUUCAGGCAUCGAUUUUAAAGUAUGUGAGGCUUAGGAAUUGGUCUCAUGCUCAGUGUCUUAUCAAGAACAGCGGGCCAUUGAUUACAUCAGUGAGACAUAUGUGUGGGCCAACAAUCCCACUGUCAGACAAUCUCAUGUCUCGUGUACUUGGUCUGGUCAAGAAGUUCGACAAGAUUGAUGCAGCGAAGGUGACAGAGACUGCUGAUUUUCAGAAGGAUCUGUGCCUGGAUAGUCUGGAUAGAGUGGAUCUGGUCAUGGCAUUUGAAGCUGAGUUCAACAUCGAAAUACCAGAUGAGAAAGCAGACAAGCUCACCUGCUGUGCAGAUGUUGCCAAAUAUAUACUUAGUGAGAGUAACUAUAAGAUCCCAGAAGAAUCGUGACUGGCAUUUGUGAGUUCCCUUGUUUGAUAAACUCUAUGAAUCUGUAUUACAGUCUCACACAAAACACACACCAAAACAACAUUUGUUUAGAGUCAACACCAAUCUCGGGUUGUUGAACUUGAAGCCAUGGAAGGCCUGGAAGAGGAAAGGGUGGUUAGACAUGUUUGUAAGGAGGGUGUUCAUCAAAAUGUGCAAUUUUCAUUUGUUGAUU